GCAGGAAGGACAUGUGAGAUAGUUACAGUUGUACAGUGGACAGGGCAAGAUCAAACCAUUUUAUCUCCGCGUCUGUGUAGAAUGACGGCGCUUGCGUGGACAUCCGCAUCGAAAGAGUAAUCUUGUUUUUAUGAGAGCAACUGUUGGAGAAAAGGAAUCCCCAAAUCUGCCUUCAAAGCGUCGUUGCGCUCACUUUGAUAUUAUUUCGGGGACUUCGUGGAAACCAACAGCUACGGGAGAUAAAGUGGAAGAUUCCUACCACUCUUGCCUUUGCUCGUUUUAAACGUCUAUUUCAUCUACCGUCUUUAAAGAUCCAUAUAUAGCACGGUGAUUCCUAAUUGCUUGUUGUUCCUCCUCUCAGUGAGACAAUAUAAUCUUUUGGAUACGCGAUUCUUUUCUUUUUUCUUUUUUUUUGGGGGGGGGGGCCAGAAUAAACCACUAAAUAUAUUUUUCACUACGAUUUUUGGAUGCACCGAUGAGAGAUCCAGUUUUUACAGGGACUGCCAUGGCUUACCACCCUUUCCACGCUCACCGGCCGACCGACUUCCCAAUGUCAGCUUUUCUCGCGGCCGCGCAACCCUCCUUCUUCCCGGCGCUGACUUUGCCUCCCGGGGCUCUCACAAAGCCGAUCCCGGACCAUACCCUGGCUGGAGCCGUGGAGGCUGGACUCCAUCCGGCUCUGAGUCACCAUCAUCAGGCAGCUCAUCUUCGCAGUCUCAAGAACCUAGAGCCUGAGGAAGAAGUGGAAGAUGAUCCAAAAGUCACACUGGAAGCGAAGGAUCUAUGGGACCAGUUCCAUAAAAUAGGAACAGAAAUGGUUAUUACGAAAUCUGGCAGGAGAAUGUUUCCACCUUUUAAAGUCCGCAUUAAUGGACUCGAUAAAAAAGCCAAGUAUAUUCUAUUAAUGGAUAUUGUGGCUGCCGACGACUGCCGCUACAAGUUUCACAACUCUCGCUGGAUGGUUGCGGGGAAGGCCGACCCGGAGAUGCCAAAGCGAAUGUAUAUACAUCCGGAUAGUCCAGCUACUGGUGAACAAUGGAUGGCUAAGCCUGUUGCUUUUCAUAAACUGAAGUUAACGAACAACAUUUCGGACAAACAUGGAUUUACAAUUCUGAAUUCAAUGCAUAAAUACCAGCCCAGGUUCCAUAUUGUGAGAGCCAAUGAUAUUCUAAAGCUUCCGUACAGCACUUUUAGGACAUAUGUUUUUCCUGAGACCGACUUUAUUGCUGUCACAGCUUAUCAAAACGACAAGAUAACACAAUUGAAGAUUGAUAAUAACCCCUUUGCCAAAGGCUUCAGAGACACAGGGAAUGGAAGGAGGGAGAAAAGAAAACAGCUGACCCUUCCAACAUUACGCAUGUAUGAGGAUCAAUGCAAAGUGGACCGUGAUGGCGGAGACUCUGAUGCUUCCUCAAGCGAACCUGCAACCGGUAGAGAUGCUAGUCAUUCACCUGGACCGGUUUCCAGCCCACUUCGAUUCAACCGAAGCAGCAGAGAUGAGAAAACAUGCAGUGACAGUGAGCACGAAAUGGACCCCCAAGAUGAGCGAUGUGGAGGCACCAGCAGUCCUGUACCUGAGCCUCCAUCUCCAUUCAGGUCGAGAUGUGAAGACCGGGGGCGGGAGAGGCCUGUUCUGGAGAAAAAAGAGGAUUAUCCGGAGUCCCGAAAAUAUAGUAAUUCCACAUUUAGCAUAAAAAACUUGGAGAAAGACAAACUAGAGAGCAGGCAGAGGAAAGACACGGACCUGUCAAAGAAGGACACGGAAAACGGGGGUCUUAGCGGCAGUAAAGAGAGCUUCUCUCCUCUGAUGGUACAGACAGAAAGUCCUUCACAUUUUAGUGCAGGACAUCUUCAAAGUUUGGCGCUCUCAGGCCUACACAGUCAACAGUUCUUUAACCCACUAAACACCGGGCAGCCUCUAUUAUUCCACCCUGGACAGUUUGCCAUGGCACCCGGAGCGUUUUCAGCCAUGGGGAUGGGACAUCUGUUGGCUUCAGUAUCAGGAGCGGGUGGCCUGGAGAAUGGGAGUCUGUCGGCCCAGGGUACUGGAGGCACCCCAAAUCCUUUUCCAUUUCAUCUGUCUCAACACAUGCUUGCCUCUCAGGGCAUUCCGAUGCCAACCUUUGGUGGACUUUUCCCAUAUCCGUACACCUACAUGGCUGCGGCAGCUGCAGCGGCCUCCGCCCUCCCCGCGAGCAGCAGCACAGCCUCCUCACUCUCCAGAAACCCGUUCUUGAGCAGCUCCACUCGCCCUCGACUGCGAUUCAACCCUUACCAGCUCCCCGUGUCUAUCCCUCAAAGCACAAACCUACUCACUACCGGAUUGCCAAGCGGCCUGAACCCCUCAUCUGAAUCCUCUAAAUGUGGUAGCAGGGAGGCGAGUCCAGUGCCUGAUCAGCAUAAUCAUAAAUCUGGGGCUAGUCAGAGGAACGGCUCCCCUAAAACAGCAAUGAAGGAAUCCAUCAAUGAACUUCAGAAUAUUCAAAGAUUAGUGAGCGGCCUAGAGAGUCGGCGGGAGACUUCCUCGCCUCGGGAUUCCCCCAAGUGAUCAAGCGUCCCCAAACCUAUCCAGGGAAUGACUUGAAUUGCCAGAGGAUUUUAUUAAGUGGUUCUCUGUGAGAGAUUUCACCAUUUACUGUUUUUUUUUUUAUGGAUGACUGGAGUGGAAAAAACAAACAGCAGUCAACAAGCAAAAAUAUUAAUAAAAAAAAAAAAUGUUGCAUAAAUUGGAUCUGCGAGAUCUGCGUAGGAAAUUCUGCGAAGACAAUCUACGGUGGCCUAAUUGACUCUUCGUAGAACGUGUUGAAAAGACCACGCCAAUCUAGUGAAGAGAGGAAUUAACAAUUUUGUUUUUUGGUGUGUGUGUGUAACGUCAGUAGGAUCACUACUGGUCACAAUAUCUAAAUGGUGAUUCAGUUAAGACUGAAAACUUCAAAGCUACAUCCAAAAAGGAAAAAGACAAAAAAGAAGAUAGUGAAAUUAAAAAAGGAUAUGUCAAAAGGGAUUGAAAUGACAGUUGGACCGUUAGUUAAAUCCGACAGACAGUUAUAGCCUACCUGAACUAUUUAAUGUAAUUAUUAAUAAAAUAAUCCUAAUUCUGUAAAUAAGCUACAAGGACCUAAGAAUAUGCAAAUUGGUAUUAAUUUAUUCAAAGCUGUACAUUUGCGUGUACAUAAUAUUUAGAGUUUAACUCAUUGCAUUGUUUUUUUUUCUUCAUUUUUCACAAUUGUAAAUGUAAGGCAUAGCGUUUGUUGUUUGGAUACAGAAGAUGUACCUAUCUGUGAUGCGUUGCUGUUUAAUCUGCCUGUGACACGCAAUGAAGCGUGUGCCAUCAUUGACUUGUAGCAGUUGCUGUAAAAAAACAAAACAAAAAAACACUUAUCACGCCGGAGAAACAUAUCUGCGGGACUCACAAGGUUUGGGAAGCCUCAGGUUAAUGUAUACUCCAACAGAGAAGAGACUGACAUUCCUCUUCUUGAGCUGAGUUUAUAUAAAUAAAUAUAUGAACGUGUCCCGUUUUGCUGGCUGUCCGGAUUUUUUCUGUUGUUGUUGAUGUUGUAGGAUUCUUUCACACUUUCAAUAAAAAAAAUCAAUGUUUAAAUAUGUUACAUUUAUGGCACUACCUUCU